AGCAAGCACAACAACAUUGCGGUAUCCAGGAUAUAUGAAUAAUGACUUGGUUGGCCUCCUCGCUUCUCUUAUACCAACACCAAGGUGCCAUUUUCUGAUGACGGGAUAUACACCACUCACUGUGGAGCGUCAAGCCAAUGUAAUACGCAAGACAACAGUCCUGGAUGUGAUGAGAAGACUUCUUCAGACUAAGAAUAUAAUGGUUUCCUCUGAUGCUCGGACAAAAGCAGCAAGUCAGGCAAAGUAUAUAUCAAUAUUAAACAUUAUUCAAGGAGAAGUAGAUCCUACACAGGUUCAUGAAAGCCUGCAGAGAAUACGUGAAAGGAAGCUUGUCAAUUUUAUUGAGUGGGGCCCUGCUAGCAUUCAGGUUGCUCUAUCUAGAAAGUCACCCUAUGUCCAAACUGCUCACAGGGUCAGCGGUCUUAUGCUUGCAAGCCAUACAGGCAUCCGUCACUUAUUUUCAAAGUGCUUGAGCCAAUAUGAGAAGUUGAGGAAGAGAGGAGCCUUUCUUGACAGCUAUAAGAAUCUUGCGAUGUUUACUGACAAUGACCUGUCAGAAUUUGACGACUCUAGAGACGUAAUUGAGAGUCUUGUCGAUGAGUACAAGGCUUGUGAGUCCCCAGAUUACAUCAAGUGGGGAAUCGAGGAUCCAGGUCAGGCUCUAACUGGUGAAGGCAAUGCCAGUGGAGUAGUUGAUGCAAGGUUAGCGACAUGAACAGGAUGUCCUUCCAUGGUGAUGCAUGCCAUGUAAAUUAUUCCUUGUCGUUUUUGGUUCUGUAUAUUUUUUAUUCUCCCUAGAAUUGUUUUUCACCAUCUCACAUUGUAACCUUGUUCAGUUGUUUGGGGCUCUCUUGAAGACUAAAAGUAGUGAUUGGAAAUCAGUAAUUAGCUAUUGGGAAAUAGCAUAUUGGACUGGCUGAUUAGUUUGAAUAGAAUUUCUUGGUUGUUUUGGAGUGGAUACAAUUAGGAGCUUUGAUGUAAAACGCGUGCUAAAAAACAGUUAUUUUUAAAAAACUUCCUAUAUUAAUUGUUACUAUUGAUAAUUUGUAUGUGUCUGUGUUGUGCCUGUCAUUUGUCAUAUUUACUAGGCUUAAAUAUGUUUUUGGUUCCUCCAAAUAUGUUGUGUUUUGUUUUUUC